UAUCAAUAAUGUCACUGUUUUACCCACUCAAUAUAUAUUGAAGAGGUGGACUAGAGAAGCAAAGAAAGGGAUUGUGGUAAGCAAUAACAUUUCUGGAGGUACAAGUGAGAAUAUAAAGUCUGCUAGAUUGUUGCGCCUUAGUGAGCUAAUGCAUGAAGGAAAUAGUGUUUAUGACAUAGCUUCAUUGAGUUGUUCAGGGACUAAGAUUGUGAAGGAGCUGUUAGUAGAGGCAAUGAAGCGUCUUGAGAAAGACAAGGAAACUCAGGACAUGUUAGAAAAUUUGAACAAAGUUGGUAAUCAGUCCAAUCUUGACAUUCCAGUAAACUCAGGUCAUGUUUUAGAUCCACCAUGCGCCAAGACUAAAGGAAUGACAAAUGAAAGAAUCAAAGACAUAAGGGAGAAAAAACAACGGAAGAAUAAGCAAACAAAAGAUGCAAGCCAAGACAAUCAAGAAAACAUGAUUGAUUCUUCUUUUAUACCAAGAGCUCCACUUCAUGUGCCAGCAUUUAAUCCUCACUUUGGUGUACCUCACACCCCAUUUCAUAAUCAGGUAUGCAUUUUAGACUUUACACGUUAGAGUUUUAUGAUAUAUAAAUAAGCACUGUAACAUUUUAU